AUGCAGUUUGUUGACAAAGAAAUAAAAAAAAGAAACUCGUCGAAACCUCGAGAUCUUUUACAAAUGCAAGUUGCCAACCAAUCAAAAUGACAAAAAACGCGCGUCGAACCUUCUGGCUUGCUUGCAGGACUUGGAGGUUUUUUUUUAUUAUCCGCAUUUCAAACGACGAGAUUCUGCGCAAUCUUGUAGCGGGUGACGGGUUUACAUUUUCGUAUUUGUUAUUUGGAGGCUGUUUGCGUUGUCGUUGUCGUUCGUCAUUUAUUGAGGUGCUUUUACUUGAGUACGUUUUGGGACACCACAUUCCCCACACACAAAACAACCACACGAAUCCCCACAUCCUACUGCGCAACAACCGUUUGCCAUGGUCAAGGACACAAAAUACUACGACCUUUUAGAGGUUGCUCCGGGCGCUUCAGAAUCAGAGCUUAAAAAGGCUUACAGAAAGCUCGCUCUGAAAUACCACCCAGACAAGAACCCGGAUGCCGGAGACAAGUUCAAAGACAUUUCCCACGCCUACGAGGUUCUCUCCGACCCGCAAAAACGUGAAGUGUACGACCGAUACGGUGAAGAAGGUCUUCAGGGCGAGGGAGCCGGUGGUGGCAUGUCACCCGAGGACCUCUUUUCCCACCUCUUUGGCGGCGGUGGAUUCUUUGGUGGAGGCGGUGGCAGGUCUCGUCCUUCCGGUCCUCGCAAGGGAAAAGACAUGGCCCACGCACUUAAAGUCUCCCUAGAAGACCUGUACAAGGGCAAGGUGUCGAAAUUGGCAUUACAGAAGCAAGUUAUCUGCCAAAAGUGUGAUGGAAAGGGCGGAAAGGAAGGAGCGGUCAGGCAGUGUACAACAUGUGCUGGACGGGGUGUCAAGAUUAUUAUGAGGCAAAUUGGACCUAUGAUUCAGCAAAUGCAACAGACGUGUCCAGAUUGUCAAGGAGAGGGUGAGGUGAUCAACGCAAAAGACCGUUGUAAGGGAUGUAAUGGAAAGAAGGUGAUUGCAGAGCGCAAGAUCCUCGAAGUCUACAUUGACAAGGGCAUGCAAGACGGCCAAAAAAUAACUUUUACCGGUGAAGGUGACCAAGCACCUGGCAUCAUUCCUGGCGACGUGAUCAUCGUCAUUGAAGAGAAGGAGCACCCCCGCUUCAAACGCAAGGGAGAUGACUUGUACUAUGAGGCCAAGAUUGAUUUGUUGACGGCAUUAGCGGGUGGACAGUUUGUGAUUAACCAUUUGGACGACCGGGCCCUUCUCGUGAAUAUCUUACCUGGUGAAGUCAUUAAACCUGGGGACGUGAAGGCUGUUUCUGGAGAGGGUAUGCCAGGGUACAAACGUCCCUUUGACAAGGGCAACCUGUACGUCAAAUUCGACAUCAACUUCCCACCCCCCAACUGGGCCGACCAGUCCAAGCUCGCUCUCCUGGAAAAUGCCCUCCCGACCCGUCAACCCCUUCCCCCCGUCAAGGGCAAAGAGGUCGAAGAAGUUGUCUUGUCGACCGUGGAUCCGAUGCAGCAAUCGAGGGCGCACAUGAAUGGUUCUGGAGAGGACGAGGAAGAGGAAGGACAUGGACCUAGUGUACAGUGUGCUCAGCAAUAAGAAUGUAUGAUAAUGCGUAUGUGGAUGGGUGGAGUGUAUGGGUGUGCUUGGGGCGUUUAUUUUUUUGAUAUAUGUAGAGCUCUUUUUGCAUAUGAUGCGAGUACAUUUGCUCAUGUGUUACUGUUGCAUGAUUUGUGGUACAAGGUUUUAUCUGUGCAGUGAUGGAUCCUGCCGUCUGAGUUGGGUGACAUCAAGAUCUCUUAUGAAAGUUGGUUAAAUGGGUGGUAUGGUUGUUGAUGAUCGUGCCCUUUGUUGCCUUACGUCGCGCCAUCUAUCCGCUCAAUAAUUCACCAACAGGAACCAAGCUGACACAGACGAGUGCACAUGUCAGUGUACAUCGACAUUCGAGCGAGAGAAUAUAAACAAAUGGAUUGCCGUGUUGGGACGUGACGUUGGAGUGCGAAUGUUGACUGGUUUGGAAAUGGUGGGUGGUGUUGGGCAUAAGUAAGACUUGUGUAAGAGUCUAUCAAGGAAUUGACUGGAUUGUAGCGUUCAAUGAUCGAAAUCUAUCUAUUGCAAUGUACAAAUGUUUCUUGC